AUGCACAAGAAAAUAGUGUUCACUUUUCUAGUGCUUCAGUGUACGCUCUGUCUAACCAUCCGAGUGCCCGUGGACUGGAAUGAUGAUAGUGAAGUGAAAGAUGGUCAGUUUACAAAGGACCAAAUACAAACGCCGCAACCUCCGAUAUAUAAUGAAUACUUCCAAUACACUGCGAACAAACCACAAUUCGCGAUUGAUAUCGCCGAGGCACAUGGUGUGCAGUCGCCGGAAAAACAUUACGAAUCGUAUCCAAUUAGACCUAACACAGGCUUGACAAGACCGGUAUUAGGACAACACCAAAUUUUAAAUUCAGAAAGAAAUACAUAUGAAUCUUACCAACCAUUCCUUCAAAAUUCUGGGCACUUGUAUUAUGCGACCCCAGUAUCUACAUCAUUUGAAGUAUAUCAUCCGUAUAAAGAUGAACAACCGGCUCUGAAGGAAAUAUAUAAAGAUCCCGUUUUGGAUAAAAUAAGAAAUGACCUACGUAAUAGCAAAAACAGAUUGCAAAAGUAUGAAAAUGAAGCUGGAGAAACGGAUAUAAGUAAAGAUGAAUAUUUAGAGACACCUAAGCAGAUUGAACGUAAAAAAAAUCCGCAAAAAAAUAUACCAACCCAGUUUGAAAUACAUAGGCCCCAGCGUCGACCCAUAUAUUACCGGUUGCCAGUAAGACAAAAUCAUAGGGAACAAUUAUUGAAUCAUAAAUUGAGACAUCCUUGGAAUCAAAAUAUUAAAGUCACGCCACACCAUUAUCGCCCUGUUAAAAAUCAUCUGUAUGGAUUGAGGCAGCAACAUGCUUUGAAGUACGAUGAUGAACAUAAUGAAUAUCCUCAAUUUACCGUUCCCGAAAGUUAUAAUGAACAACCAGAUGGUUACGAUAUAUAUGAAAAAAAUAAAGCAAAAUAUGUGCAGCUAAGAAAUAAUCUUGAUGAGUCUAUCAAUACGGUAGUCCAGCAACAUAGACCUAACACUCAAAAUAAAUUAGAGUUACAAACUGGAUAUUCCAAUGAUGAUUCUAAUAAUAGUGAUGAAGAACAAUUUGUACCUAUUAAGAACUAUGCACAGGUAAGAAAAACUGAAACAACCAAAUAUCUUCCAAGAAAAGCUGCACUUCAUGACGCUGAAAGUAUUGAAGAAAUUCAGAAUGCACCACGCCUUCGAGAAGCUAUUAAAAGUACAAAAGCACAAAUAGUUUACUCAGAAGAGGGUUAUGAAGAUGCUGCAUAUGACCACGCUGGUGAACAAAAACAUGCCUCUGAUCACGAAAGACAUGGUGGUUAUCUCAAAGAAAAUGAAAUAAGUGGUGGUAAAUAUAAAAUACCAUCUGUAAGUGCCAAUUACGAAGACAACAAAGGCUCUGUAUACAGAGAUCAACUAUUACAUGACGAAAAAUGGAAAGAUAUUAAAAAAGAAAAUGAUGAUGAAAAUGAAUCGAAUGACUACUCUGAAGAUGAAGAAGAAGAUGAUCUUAGUAGUGUUAUUAUAGACGACUUGAAUAUUGAAAACGAAAGUGAUCGAAAUAAACGAAAUAGCGACAUCUUAGGAACAGCAAGUUCUUCUGAAAGUCUUUUGAAAAAUGAUAACAAAGAAUACUCCGAUAACUCAUCUAAAAAUACUACGCAACAUGAGGUAAUAAAAAGAGAAACGUCUUUUAAAAUUCCAGAAUUUGAUUUCAAUUCAACAUUACCAUCAGACGCUGAAAUACUGAAACUUUCGAAAACCAAGGUGAUCUCUCAAAAACUGAAAAUAGAAGAUAAAACAAAAAAUAAAAAGUAUCCCUACUAUUUAAAAAAUAAUAAAACAUUAAACAAAAAUUCACCACUUCGUUAUGCUGAAAAUAUUAAUUUAAUUCCUAAGAAAUCAAAUGGCGGUACUGAAUUCUACGACUCACGUUCGGAGCAUGAAUGUUCUGAAGUUGAAGAUAAUGUAGAUGUUGUACCUGAGAAACUAAAUAAAGAUGGGAACCCGGAUGAUAACUCCGAUGGUGAAGCAAAUAAGAAUAAAUUUGAUAAUCUAAAGGACAAACAGCGACUAAAAGGACUUGGCGAUAAAAUUGAUUGUUUUAAGGUUAAGUACUUUGGUGAAAACCCACUAGACAGUCCAUUUUUUAAUGAAGAAAUAAUUGAAAAUCCAGAGCCGAUAACAAAACCCAAUCUUAAAGUCUUUGAAACAAAAAAGGUUGAAGAUAUGUCAAAUAAUAAAUUAUUUUAUUAUGAUGCUGAUAUAUUUUCCAUCUUAGAAAAUAUACAGAACAAAAGUAACAAUUUAACGCAUCCUAAUAACGCCUUACAGGUAAAUAAUAGGUUAUUAGAAAACAUACAGAAUUCAAAUUUAUUAAAUGGAUCAUCCGAUUUAUCAAAUAUAACGUAUAAUCAUUUUCAAAAUAAGGAGGAUGUUACAAAACCUCCUCUAUCUAUUAGAAAAAAGAGAGCCACGCCUUUUUUGUAUGAACCAUACAAAAUUAUAAGGGACAGUCAAGUGCAAGAUUCAAAGAAAACAACUACUUCAAGUAAUAUUAGUCCUUUAAUUAAACAACUACAAUCAAGCAGAGUCAUCGACAAAGUAAAAACAAAUAUAGAUAUAGAUCAAGGUAAAAAGAAUUCAAAAAUUUACAAAGAUAUUGGGAAAGGUGACAGACAAAAAUCUUCUAAUGAGCAUACCAUUGAUACUAAAAAUUCAAGUUUCGUAGAUAUAAGCUCAGGUAAACGUGGCGAGCCCCGUUACGAAUUGCGACCAAUAAAUCAUAAAACCACUUACUCACCAGUGGAAAACAAAAGAGCCUUAUCAGUCGAAGAUUAUAAAACACAAAUGAGUAAUGAUGGCACAGAAAUUAAUACAAAAAAUAUACACUCUACUGCACAAGCUCAACCAAAACAAUCUAUAUCAUCGAAAAUGACCUCCAGGCCUUACUUUGAUGUAUCUAAGUAUUUACCGGAACUUGUAGAAGCACAAAAUAUUGCUGCGUCAAAUACUAUACGAAAAGUCAUUCGUACAACGACCCCAGAAGUAACAACAGACCAAAUACAACGACAAAAAUAUGAAACUGAUAAUGAUGAUAAUGAGGAAUACGAUGAGUAUGAAGAUGAUGACGAAGAUAAUGAAGAAGACAUUAAUACCACAACAACGACAACAACGACAACGACUACGAGAAAACCUACAACAAGAAAAAGAACAAGAGGUACAACAACCCUUAAACCAAUUCCAAUUGAAAAAGAAACCGAAACGCCAAAGUUACGCUUAACUACUAGAUUCCGCAACUAUCCAUCUACGAUGAAAUCUACUACACAUCAUGAAGUAGUAAAAGGGCCUAUUCAAAAAAUAUCCAAUACAGAAAGUGAUUCUCCCAAAUAUACAGAAAAGAAGAGAAAAUCAACCAAGAGUACCUUGAUAACCGAUACAAAGACGUACGGAGAAGAUGACGAUGAUAUGACAAGAAAAGAAGUAGAUGCCUUAUUACGUGUAAAACAAGAUAUGGAUGAGUAUAUGCCACAUUACGAAAAAGCUAAUAACAAAAAAGAUGAUAACUCUGAUAAUAUUGCUCAUAACGUUUCUGACAUAAAUGAGAGCGAAGAUCAUGAAGGAAACGACGAAGACGAUGAAGAUGAUGAAGAAGACGAUGAAGACGAUGAAGACGAUGAAGACGAUGAAGAUGACGAAGAAGAAGAUGACAACGAACAUGAGGAUAAGUCCAAUCAUCAAAUUAAGAACAGUAAUUUAGAAUUCACAACUUCAGAACCCACAAAAAGGACCCUAGUUAGAACAACAGUAGCUCCAGCCACAACAACUGAAUCAAGAAGCGCCAGAAUAGAAUUAAAACCUACAGUAUUAAAAAAGAAAUUUGAAAUACAUGAAGAAUUACCGAUCAACAGAUCAUCUCCACAUAUUACUCAAUUCAAGCAGGAUAUUAAGGAAAUCGAAAUUGUUAAAGAAAUGCCACCAAAGCUUAGAAAAAAGAAUCAUAAAAAUUUAGAAGCUUUAGAUUUGUUUCGAGAUGAAAAUUUAGCUGAAGAAAUAAACAAAUUAGGAGAUGUAGAAGUUUUUAAAGAAAAUUUGAAUUUGAAAUCAGGACCAAAACACGGUGGAAAUUACCGAAGUCUUACAUCAGAAGAUGUACGAAAAGAAAUGGUUGCAACAAAGAUACGUGAUAGUACAAAUAAGGAUGACGUUGAGACUUCUCCGACACAACCUAGAAAACGCAUAAAAUUAGAUGAUGAUCACCGUUUAAUAUCUCACAUAAAUUUUGGUACAAGAGGUCCGCAAUCAUCUGCUCCUGACGAUGCUAAAAAUGCAAAAAUUACUGAAGAAUUAAGUGAUACUGUAGACACAGGCUUAAAUAACAUGCAUGGUGGCAAUUUAAAAUUAUUAAAAAGCAAAGGUACAAGACACGGUGAUAAAAGUGCAAAAUUAAUUGAGCUUGAUACUGAUGACGAAGUUGAAACAUCGAGGAUGCAUGGAGGUAAUUAUAAAUCCUAUGGAAACAGAAACACUGGUCGUCAAAUGCAUGGAGGCAACUACAAAAGUGCAAAAAUCAUUCAACCCGAAGACACCAAUGAUAAACCAAGAUCUAGAAGCAAAAUCAGAGACGCGAGAACUAAUGCAGCAGCUCUAUUAAAUGACUACGCGCGCGCCGUACCUAUUCUCACUACAACCCCUGCUUUCAUUUUAGAUCCUAGUAAGCGUAUGUACUAUUAUGUAGAUUCCUAAAAUUUAUAAGGUUUUCUUAAAAUGUACUCAUUAUUGUUUAUAAAUAGGACAUUGAAAAGUAGAAAGUGCCACAAAAUUAACUUUGAAUCACUUUCGUGACAAAAAUUGUGAAAGUGUUUUAUAUUACUUUUUAAGAUGUUAGACGUGACAACGUUAAAUAAGUAAUAACAUGACGUGUAUUAUAAAAGUAUUAAUUUUAA